AUGCAAUUGCAAAUGUUUGCUGUUGUGACAGAACUGGCAAAAAAGCUUCCAAUCAUUGAAGAUACGAUAAUAGGUAAAGGAAUUAAGUAUACAAUAUUUGCCCCAUCAGAUCAAGCAUUUGCAAAAGCAGGAAAAUUAAGUGACGUUGCUAUCGAUAAUAUGUUAAAGUAUCAUAUUAUUCCUAUAGAAACGAAAUCAACUGAUUUCAUUGGUAUUCAUUAUGAACAAACACUUGUUGAUUCUCCAGACUUUGUAAAAUUAGCAGCAAAGACAAAGCAAAAACUUAUCAUUAAUAAUGAAGGUGAAACGCUUACCAUUAGCAAUGGAAAUGGCAAUGUAGGAAAAGUGGUUGGUGCCGAUUAUGUCGCAAGUAACGGAAUCAUCCAAAUCGUUGACGCAAUUAUCGAGUUACCAAAAAAUCCAAUGAGCGUAAUGGUUCAAAGAAAAGACAUAAAUGGUUUUGGAAAAUUAAUCACCGCAGCAAGCCUUGAAAAGUUAUUCGACGGAUUGAUAGGAGCCACAAUAUUUGCACCAUCAAAUGAAGCGUUGAAAAAAGUCCAUCCUGAAUUGCUCUCAAGCAACAAUUUAUCACGGCUUACUAGUAUUAUUCGACAUCAUAUUGUACCAGAUAGAGUAGUUUUUUCAGGUGAAUUAUUAGAAGGAACUUCGGACAAUCUAAAAAGUUAUGAAAGAUCUACAAUUCCGAUUUCAAAAAUAGGAAAGGUUCUUUUGGUCGAUAAAUCAGUAGUAAUUACUCCCGAUAUUUUAUUAAAUAAUGGAAAUUUACACGUGAUCGAUGAACUUCUUUUGCCACCUGGAAUUGAACUCGCACCAAACGAGUUCGCAAAUAUACACCCAAAUAAUUCAAACAAUUCAAAAAAGGAAUCGAUUCCAUCCCAAGAUGACGAUAAUGACGGAUCUACUAUAAUCAUUGUUUCCGUGUUAGGAGGAUUUGUUGGUAUAUUUGCGGCUACUGCAUGGAUAUUAAUACAUCUUAAAAGAAGACAGAAAAGAAGAUUUUUGAAAAAUAAUCUUAAACAUACUACAAUUGAUAACGAUAGUAAUAUAUUGUGUAUUCCUAGUGAUAAUAGAGAAAGUAAUUAUUCUGCCACCACUUUUGCUACUCAAAAUAAUAAUAGUAAUGAAGGUUUUGGAAAUAUACUUACGGGUGGUUUUGGUAAUAAUAUUAUUCACGGUAAUACCAUUAAUGACGGUAGGAAUUCGAACCAAGGUGCGAUUUCUCCUAAUGACGACAACGGGAAUGCAAGAAAUUAUGGCAGGAAUACGAAUCAAGGUGCGAUUUUUCCUAAUGACGACAACGUGAAUGCAAGAAAUUAUGGCAGGAAUACGAAUCAAGGUGCGAUUUUUCCUAAUAACGUUACCUCGAAUGUGAGAAAUUACGGUAGGAAUUCGAACCAAGGUGCGAUUUCUCUUAAUAUCGACAAUAAUAUCAUGAUGAGAAAUUAUAACAAUCGAGGCGUAGUGUCCCCUAUUAAUGAUGAUAGAAAUACGAGUAGAAAUUCUCGAGUUGAAAGUUCUUUUAAUACUUCAAAUCCAAACAAUAAUAAUAACCAUAACAGCAUACUUUAUGGUAAUAAUUAUACGCCUCAUUAUACCCAAUAA